AUGAAGCUCCAGCUCUCCAUCCUCGCUCUCCUCUCGACGCUCGCUUUCGCCGCCCCCGUCCCCGAGCCCCUCGACUGCUCCAAGACCCCCGAGGUCGCCGCCUGCUCCGGCCCUCUGCGCUGGGACAAGCGCGAGCCUGAGCCGCUCGACUGCUCCAAGACCCCCGAGGUCGCCGCCUGCUCCGGCCCUCUGCGCUGGGACAAGCGCGAGCCUGAGCCGCUCGACUGCUCUAAGACGCCGGAGAUCCCUGCCUGCUCCGGCCCGCUUCGCUGGGACAAGCGAGAGCCGCUUGACUGCUCCAAGACUCCCGAGAUUCCCGCCUGCUCUGGACCGCUGCGUUGGGACAAGCGUGAGCCGCUUGACUGCUCCAAGACGCCGGAGAUUCCUGCCUGCUCUGGACCUCUGCGUUGGGACAAGCGCGAGCCCCUCGACUGCUCCAAGACUCCCGAGGUGCCUGCUUGCUCCGGCCCUCUGCGUUGGGACUAA